CUUUUUUGUGACCUAUUUUUUUCGGGUUAGAGCCUGUGUGUUCAGAAAAAGUCAACAGUGAGAACAUCGAAAUAUAAUCAAGCAUAAAGAGUGAGAGAUUGGAUUCAAUUAGGCAUUCUUCUUAUAUAGACAUAUAAAUAUCGCAUACCCAGAAUGAGUACCUUAACUGAAGAAGAAUUUUUAGCUUCUUAUCCUCAAGUCAAUGCACCAUCAGAUAUUACUGGAUAUACAUCUAAUUUGACCGAUGAACAAAAGACUGUAUUAAAUCAUCUUAGAACUUCUUUAGAAGCUUUAGGUUAUAAAGAUAGAUUAGAUGAUGCAAGUUUAUUAAGAUUCUUAAGAGCAAGAAAGUUUGAUUUAUUUAAAGCUCAAGAAAUGUUUGUUAAUUGUGAAAAAUGGAGAAAAGAAUUUGGUACAAAUAAUAUCUUAACUGAAUUUCAUUAUGAUGAAAAACCUUUGGUUGCUAGUUUAUAUCCUCAAUAUUAUCAUAAAACUGAUAAAGAUGGUAGACCCGUAUAUUAUGAAGAAUUAGGUAAAGUCGAUUUAACUAAAAUGUUAACUAUUACAACUCAAGAUAGAAUGUUAAAGAAUUUAGCUUGGGAAUAUGAAUCAAUGUGUCGUUAUAGAUUACCUGCUUGUUCAAGAAAAAUGGGUCAUUUGGUUGAAACAUCAUGUACAAUUAUGGAUUUAAAAGGAAUUUCAAUUUCAACUGCUUCUCAAGUAAUUGGUUAUGUUAGAGAAGCUUCUGUUAUUGGUCAAAAUUAUUAUCCUGAAAGAAUGGGUAAAUUUUUCCUUAUCAAUGCUCCAUUUGGGUUUGCAACUGCGUUCAAAUUAUUUAAACCAUUUUUAGAUCCAGUUACAGUUGCUAAAAUUAAUAUAUUAGGUUACAGUUAUCAAAAGGAAUUAUUAAUACAAAUUCCAGCUGAAAAUUUACCAACUAAAUUUGGUGGUAAAUCAGAAAUUUCAGAUCAAGAUUUAUAUUUGAAUGAUGUUGGUCCUUGGAGAGAAGCUAAAUAUAUAGGUCCUGAAGGUGAAGCUCCAAAGGCUUUUAGUAUUUAGAUAAUACUAUACUACCUUCUCAUUGUUCAUAUAUUUCGUCAUCUACAUAUCAUAUCAUACAUUCCAUAUCAUAUCAUAUAAUAUAAUAUAAUACUUUAUGAUAUUCAGGCAAAGAAUAUUCAAAGGAAUUGAAUUUCCUAUUCAUCACAAAUUAAUAUCGUUAGUGCUCAAUAUAAAUAUAUAAUUUUUUAUCAAUUCUAUUUUGUAUUUAUUGUCUCCAUUUCUAGAAGCAACAACUUCGACUUUUCUUGGGUUUGAUUUCUACAGUUAAUAUAUUAUUUGCCUUUUGUUAUCCACCUCUUCUCAUCCUAAUCUUUUAAUUUAUUAGUGUCUACAUGGCCUUGCAUUACUUCGUAGCAAAGAAGGGAUUUGCGUAGAAUUUAAAGAAAAUAUCCUGUCGGUAAUGAAAUUAAUUAGAUAAUUAUGCAUACUGUUAUAAUUAUUAUUACACCAACCGAGUACAAUAAGCCGUGGUUCCAAAACUC